CUACAGUUUGUUUGUCAGGGAGGAGCUCACAUACAACUUCAUCUAAUUCAUCAUAACGAUUCGUUACCGUUGUUGUAAUUUCUACAAAAGAUUGCCAAGGAAAGAGAUAACUGCUCACACCCGCUUUUACUAGAGUCUCUGACAGGAAACUACAGUCUCAUUUGGAGUGGCCUUAGUAGGAAUUGAGGUAAACCAGGCAUGCAGUAAAGUACCCCCACCUCUGAGAUCAGUGGCUCUAUAAAAACUGCUUAGUUUAUCAGUAUCCAUCAGUUGUUUAUCAGUAGCCCUCAGCCUUAAAUGAUAUAGCAUCUCCCUGCACUAACCAAGAAUUACAAUUCUACUCUCUUACUCUUAACUGUCAAAGAAUGAAUCCAUUUUUAACUGCACAAGAGUUGGCUAUUUUGGCUCAAGGAAAAAAACCAUACUUUAAGUUAUGGGUGAGGGCAGAGGACCAACAGUCGGUGGCGUAUGUAGGCACAGAGGAGCAAACGUUAAAUUACGACCCAGUAACAUACCAAGGGAGAUGGGACUCAAAUCUUUCUGUUGUAAUGAAGAUUAAAAACGUUGGCAAAGUGGAUGACCCCAAGUACCAUAUCUCUAACAUUGUGAUACCAAACACAUACUUGGAAGUCACAAGUGCAAAAUUAACAGGCGAUGAUUACCAAGUCAGGUUUCUGUAUAACUCAAACAUAUCAGAUAUACCCGCAUUCACAGUCAAGGAAUCCAACUGGAAUGACACAUACCUGGAAAUUAUAAACGAAAAAUCUCUCUACAUCAAGCCCAUUACAGUGAACUAUGGCGGCCGCAUAAGCAAGGUGAUGGCUGUCUCAGCUACUGUAUACGAUCGUAUUGGUAUCACCUACAUCCCAAACUUUAAUCUGCCUGGGCUAUGGACGACCGACGAAGAGUGGCCAGCGUUUCAUCACCAUCACCAUGACCACCAUGACCACGUAGGGUACGGAGGAAAAGUCAUCAAAGAAGUCGACCGUUGCCUCAAAGUACAAACGGAUGAGCAAGAUGAGCCGAGGAGCAGUACAGAGGAACAGUGAACUAUAGAUACAACUACAAAUAGAUACAUAGCUAUAUACAUACUAAUUAUAUACUAACUUUUAGUGUAGUGAUAGUGUUGAAGGACAGCUAGACAGUCAAUUCACUCCAGUUAUUGUGCAAACUGUUGUGGUUUUGUGUAGAUAUACCGGUUACAGUAAUUUCUAUAGCUAUACAUAGCUAUGUGGUUUCAGAGUAUAAUUUUACACAGA